AUGAAUGUUAGUGAAAUUAUCAGAUAUCAUGGAUACCCCAGUGAAGAAUAUGAAGUUACCACAGAGGAUGGAUACAUUCUUGGUGUUUUCAGAAUUCCUGCUGGGAGGAACAGCCAAAAUACAGGUCAAAGGCCUGUAGUCUUCCUACAGCAUGCUUUUCUUGGAGAUGCUACCCACUGGAUUUCUAACUUGCCCAACAACAGCUUGGGCUUCCUCCUUGCAGAUGCUGGCUAUGAUGUCUGGAUUGGAAACAGCCGAGGGAACACUUGGUCUAUAAAACACAAGACCCUUAAACCCUGCCAGAAAGAGUUCUGGCAGUUCAGCUUUGAUGAAAUGGGUAAAUACGAUAUCCCAGCAGAGCUGUACUUCAUCAUGAAUAAAACUGGACAAAAGGAUGUAUACUACAUUGGUCACUCGGAAGGCACAACAGCAGGCUUCGUAGCAUUUUCUACAUACCCUGAGCUAGCUAAACGGGUGAAACUCUUCUCUGCUCUAGGCCCGGUAAUCAUAUGCUCGCAUGCUACAAGUCCUCUGGUUAAGAUAGCAAAAGCUCCUGAACCACUGAUCAGGAGUCGAAUAGAUACAUACGUAGGACAUUCCCCUGCUGGAACAUCAGUACAGAACGUUAUUCAUUGGCAUCAGCUAACAUAUGCAGAUCAGUUUCAUGCUUAUGACUAUGGGUCUAAGGAAAACAUGAAGAAAUACAACCAGUCUACUCCUCCUGUGUACAACAUAGAGAAGAUAAGCAUACCAACUGCUGUUUGGAGUGCUGGAGAUGACAAAUUUGCAGAUCCGAAGGACAUGGCAAACCUACUUCCCAGGAUUACCAAUCUUAUUUACCAUGAGCAUUUUCCUGCAUGGGGACAUCUUGAUUUCAUCUGGGGGCUUGAUGCAACUGAGAAAAUGUAUACAAAAAUCAUUGAACUAAUGAAAAAAUACUUGUGA